GAAUAGGCGGGCUGACCUAGUGGCUGUUGGCACGUCCAAGUUGAAAGCGACAUCGUCGCAUAAUGAUAGUGGCAGGGAAGGUGGUCGACUCGGUGCAAUUCAAGCAGCUUGAGGUAGGACUUACAGUGCACGCGCACCUCGCCAUGCGCACACGCUCGCCUUAUGGCGCGUCGCCUGGCGCUGCUAGCGUUGCUGGCGUGCGCGGCCGUCGCGCUCACUUCGCCGCCGCGGUCCCUAGAAACUUCCGACUCGGCAUCUUUUGAUCCUUUCGAGUUAUGGGAAGACUCCGAAUCUUUCGAACCCGUUUCGCCACUGUCUACUACAAAGAGACCCAGUGCUAAAGUUAUACUAAGAAAUAAAGGUCCCAAGGUGAAUGUGACUGUUAAAAAAACAAAAGAUGAUAAUAAGAAAAAUAUAAUUAAAAGAACUAAUAUUAAAAUUGAAAGUCAUACAAACUUUAUAGUGACAAAAAGACCUUUUGUGACACCAAAUAUAGGUAACAGAAUUCCGUAUCAGCCCAUUGUUUAUGGCGAAAAUGAGCAAUUUUGGUUUGAUGAAAAUAUGGAGCAGAUAGCUAGUUGGACAACUAGAAGGCCGACGGCAUCACGGCGUCCAACUUUGAGCACAAUGAGGCCACCAACAAAACCAAAACGGGUGACCACUACCCGCCGACCGACCACCAUCACGCACAAUCGGCAAUCUAUAAGUACUACUCCUAAAACAACCAAGACACAACAGAAAACCACUUGCCCACCAAAGAAAACUGCAUGGUUUUCUACACUUUUUCAAGGCGAUAAUAAAUUAAAGAAAAAGCCCUCUAAGAAGCCUACAAAACCAGGUUGGUUUUCAGGUAUCUUUAUGCGAAUUUAUAAUUGGAUAUCAAAAUCAACCUGGUUUGGAGGGGCUAGUUGGUUCGAAAAACAACCAAAACCUAAUCAGUCUUCCACGACAGUAUCGCCAUGGACUAUGCCUAAUUCUGAUUGGUACUCCGCUUUACUCAAUUCUGAAAUCAAUGAUGGAGUUUAUUUCGAAGCUAUAAAUACAGAUAAAAGAAUGAAAAAAAAGUCACCGAGAAUAUCUUACAAAGGUUAUCAGUUAUUACGAAUAUAUCCAAAAACCAAAGAAAAAGUAACAGCGAUAGUCGAAUUGCAAGAAGAAGGGGAUGGCUCUGGUCUAAUGUGGUGGUCCAAUCCUACUGUCAACGGGUAUACAGAUCUCCUUACACCACCGGAUCUUUUAGAGGAUGUUAAACAUCACCUUAGUUAUUAUAAUAUAGAUUUUGACAUCCUGAUUCGAGACUUGCAGAAAGCUAUAGUACUCGAGAAUCCAAAAUUUUCCAAAAAAGAAAGACUUGAAGCCAACAAAGUGUUCGGUCACCCGAUGAGUUGGCGACGAUAUCAUCGAUAUGCGGAUAUCUUACGUUAUUUAGACUACUUACAACACGCAUAUGGAGAGUUAGUGGAACUAAUAAUGCUGGGCAAUUCAUCAGAGGGACUCCCUUUAGUAGCUGUUAAGAUAUCUAUGCCUACAAAUGAGACACGAAUAAAAGAUAGGAAAGGCAAAGACAAAAAAAAGUGGAAACUCGGAUUUCGUUCAAAACCUGCAAUAUGGCUAGACGGUGGUUCUCACGCUAGGGAGUGGAUCUCGCCUGCAGUUGCGACUUGGAUAAUGCAAGCUCUCAUUGAAGGUGAAAAAGGACAGGGAGCUGAUUACGAAAUGCUAAAACAGGCAGAUUUUUACAUAAUGCCAGUAUUAAAUCCGGAUGGCUACGAGCAUUCCCAUACACAUGAUCGACUUUGGAAGAAAACCCGCUCGUUAUAUGAUGAUCAAAGUGAUGAUUUUUUUGUUGGAUGGUUACCAUGGAAUUGGGGUCGAGGGGAGUGCGUGGGUGUGGACGUGGACCGUAAUUGGGAUUACCACUGGGGGGAGCAGGACUCAUCCCGAGACCGGUGUGCAGACAAUUACGCCGGCCCACACCCUUUCAGCGAGCCAGAAACUAAAGCAGUCUCGGAAUUUUUAACUGAACGUAAAGGACACAUUAAGGCGUACAUCUCUCUACACGCAUAUUCUCAAACGUGGUUGGUGCCGAGCGCGCCCACGACGGUAGCUACUGACGAUGACAGUGUCCUCAUGGAGAUGGGCAAACUGGCUACAGCAGCGCUUGCAGAUGUGUACGGCACUAAGUACCAGGUCGGAACUGCCACUGAAAUGCACCAACAAGCUUCAGGAAUGUCACAUGAUUGGGCUAAAGCACGUGCGGGCAUUAAAUUCUCCUACCACGUGGAUCUUGGAGACUCUAUCGGACCCUACGGCUACAUACUACCUGCAGCCCAAAUAGUUUCGACUGCUCGUGAAACUUGGGAAGCUGUUAAAGUUAUUAUAGAUAAUUUAAGUUCUUCUUAA